AUGAAUCGACGUAAUUUCGAAUUGUUAUUUCUAUAUUUCACGUUGAUCGUUAUCGGUGAGUUCGUGCAACGAAGGUCGUCGUAGUUUUGCAAUUUCCAUUCCAAAAUGGAAAUGUAAUUUUUAUAUGGCGAAUGUGAACAUCUAUAAAUCUAGAUGCAAAAAAUGAAUAUGGUUUAUCGCGUUAUCAAACAUUUCAGCGUUAUCACGUACAAUCAAUUCAGAGUCAGCGACAGGAUCGGAACAUCGAAUCACAAAUUUCUCGUACGUUCUCCAAAGUGUGACACUUUCAAGGCCGUGCAUUUUGGCAAAUAUGACAAUUACGAUCAAGGUUCCAUAUAAAACGCAGGAGAAUAAGAUCGAUUAUAUAUCUUUGAAAGUUCCACAAAAUGCAACAAUAGAGGGCCAUUGUUCAAUUGUAAUAUCAGAUAUGAAACUAACUUGGAAGGAUGGAAAAGCCAAGCCAAAUGAUAAAGAGAACUCAAUUAAAUUUACAUUCAUCAACGAUCACACAAAUUUCUCGCUUUUCUCCAUUGACCUUAAUAUUUACCGAGAUGAGGGAAAUUUCAAGAAUGCCACGGACGUAAAGCAAUGGUUUAAUGCGACGUCAGAUAAAGAUCUUUACUUAUUCGUCGCGUCCGUUAAAAACGAGAUCCAUAGGUGCAAUAACGAAACGAUACAGAAGGUCGGAGAGGGGGAAAUACAUAUGAACAGUGUUUCAUUGAUCGCAUUCAAUAGAGACUAUGAUCUUUCGUCGCGUCAAGAAAACAAAUGUUCUCGAAAAACGGGAACUAAAACGUUCCCUUACGUCACAAGCAGUGGGGAUAAGUAUUGUACAAUGGCAAGGAUGUCAAUUUUUAUGGAAGUACCGUACAAAACGAAAAACGAUACGAAGAUUGCAAGCAUAACAGUUCCAACGUUCGCUUCCAAAGUUAAUGUCAACGGAGGUUGUUCUGCUAACUUAGUUAUGAUGCAAUUAAUUUGGCCUGUAUCCUCGAACAAUAGUCAGGCAAAUGCGAACGAGAAACAGAAUUCAAUUUCGUUUCUUUUCUUCAAAAACGAAACGACUAGCACGAUAUAUAACAUUAAGAUCGAGAUUUUCACGGACGAGACACAGUUUAAGGACGUCGAGAAGGUAGGUGAAAAAAUUGUGAUAGACACGGGAUUCGAUGCUUCUCUGUUUCCGGCACCUGCCGAAAAUGGCAUCUACAGUUGUCCAAAUGAAACUAAAAUUACGAACGACAACGGCAACGUAACCAUAAGCGACGUCCUCUUGGUCGCGUUUGACGCCGAGAAAGAUUUCUCCUCGAAGAAAGUGAUCGAUUGUAGAGGUUUUCUCUUCGAAGAUGACUUCAACUAUAUCAUAAAGGAAAAGGAUACGAACAUUCCCUGUACUGUGGCGAACAUGUCGAUCACUGCGACUCUGCACAAGGAUGGUCAAGAAUUACAUGUUCCAUCUAACGCUGUCGCAACUGGUAUCUGUAAAGCUAAGUAUUCUCAGAUGACACUAAGCUGGCCAAGUAAUACUAAUGCAACGAAUAGUAUUACAUUUCAUAUCGGUCAAAAUAAGACUCACUUCUUCGUUUUCCAAAUAGCAGCUGCUAUCUACGACGAUAAAAAUAAGAAAAUGAUAAAUGGCGAGUCGUAUAUUGGCAUCGAUCUGUUUUCGGCAGCUGCGACUAACGGAUUUUAUCGUUGUCCAAAUUCUAUAGACACAGAACUUGACGACAUCCGUCUAACAAUAACCGAUGUCGUUUUUAUCGCAUUCUAUACCGACGAAAAUAUAUAUUCACCGAAAGUGACAGAGUGUCCCAAAUUGGAUCCAAAUUCAACAACUUCAACAGUACCAAGUUCGCCUACUACUGAACCAAUUCCAACAAAUGCAACAGUAUCAAGUUUGCCUACUAUUGAACCAAAUUCAACAAUUUCAACAGUAUCAAGUUCGCCUGCUACUGAACCAAAUCCAACAAUUUCAACAAUAUCAAGUUCGUCUGCUACUGAACCAAAUCCAACAAUUUCAACAAUAUCAAGUUCGUUUGCUACUGAACCUGAGCCUAAUCAUAAUGCGAUAGAUUAUAAUUAUUUUGUGACAUCUGCACCAAAUGUAUAUUGCAUUGCGGCAAAUAUGUCGAUUUCUAUAGAAAUACCUUACAAAACGAAAGAAGACAAAGACACAAAGGCAACUUUGAACGUGCCGAUUAAUGCCACUGUGACUGGCAAGUGCGAGAAUCAAUGGUCGACGAUGGAAUUAAAUUGGACAGCGAGUUCAAACAAUACAGAAAACAAUACGUUUACGGUGAACUUUGAGAAAGAUGAUUCGAACUAUUUCAUUAGCUCUAUGAAUCUGUCUAUUUAUCCAGAGGACCAUCAUUUCCCUGGACAUGAUACUACGGAUAGAUACAAAUUUAACACGGAGAGGAUCCAUAUAUUCCCCGCUCCUCUGAACAAGCUCUACAAAUGCGCUGACAAUCCUUCGGUGACGGCUAAAAACGCCAAAAUAUCCAUCACUAACGUUACUUUGAUAGCGUUCAAUACCAACGAGAAAAUCACUACGGACUCAGUGAACUGUGUUCCAGCCAACGAUACAACAGAAAGUAAUGUCGGAGCCAUAGUGGGAGGUAUUAUCGGAGGUUUAAUUGUCCUUGUUGCACUUAUAGCUCUAUUUGUAGUGUGCAGAAGGAGAAGGGGAUACUGAGAUAACAAUAAACGAAAGUACCGUUUGAUAGUAAUAAAAGAAAGCACUACUGUACAUUAAUGUAAUAAAUAUGUCUAUAUUAUAUUUAUUCGAUGUAACGAUUUUUAAACGUAAAAAAUAAUUUCGUAAUUUUAAGCAUUCAGGCAACAGCGAUCUUGAAAUUCUUCAAGUUGCUCAAUUCGCUUUAAGAACACGUUGUCAUUGGAAUGAACAUUCCAACAAACAUCCUCGAACCCGUACGAUCUAACAACUGACACAUGGCUCUGGGAAACUCGUAUUCGUUAAUUAUAACGCUUUAGGAAACAAUUCCAGUUCCGUUACGGUUACGCCCACCCCAAUUAUCUCGUUCACUUGUCAAACUUCGAUAUGCAUUCGUAGCGUGAGUACGCUCGUGUGAAUCGAAAAAUCGAUUUGAACGUCGAAAUGUUGUCCGAUAAUUUCAUACACGUCGAAGACAAAGUUAAUUGGAUUGGGCAAAUAAGUUUGCAUAGAAAAAAACAACAAUAACGUUAUAAAUAAAAAAUAUACAUAAAUUUUCUUCGUCGAAUAGAAGGAAUUUUUUAUUCUGUAAAAGCGUCGUUCGGAACGUAAAAUAAAACCGGAAAAAGAUCGUAUUUCAUAAGAGUUUUCAGGUGAAGUAACAUCAAAACGUUGGACACACCCCUCCGUUUAGUUAUUUGGAUAUCAUAUCUUGGACAGCAGAUGCCGUAAUAAAAUCCACGAUAAUCAGCGUUAAUUGCUGGCAGGAGGAUAUUUACGAUCGUUUUAACUAUCUACCUAUCGAUCG